AUGAGCUACACCCAGUUUGCCUUCCCCUGGAUUUCUCUGGAAAGCAAUGCUGGAGAGGUGGCCAUCAAAAGGGUGCCACGGGAGCGCGUCCGGCACUGGGGCGAGCUGCCCGACGGCACCAGCGCACCCCUGGAGAUCGUGCUGCUGGCCAAGGUGUCCACUGGCUUCCCUGGUGUGGUCCAGCUGCUGGAGUGGCUUGAGCUCCCCAACGACGUCUUGAUGGUGCUGGAGCGCCCGGAGCGGUGUCAGGACCUGCAGCAUUUCAUUCGGGCACGGGGCUUCCUGCCCGAGGAGGUGGCGCGGGAGCUGUUCCGCCAGGUGCUGGAGGCUGUGCGACACUGCACCAGCUGCGGGGUCCUGCACAGGGACAUCAAACCAGAGAACAUCCUGGUUGACCUGGCCACCGGGCACGCCAAAUUGAUUGACUUUGGCUGUGGAACACGGUCAUACAGCCCCCCGGAAUGGACCCACUUUGGCUGGUACUAUGGCAGGCCAGCUACCAUCUGGUCCCUGGGCAUCCUGCUGCACCAGAUGAGUGCCAAGAUCUGA